GAUGUCUGUUCUGGAAUGGGAGGUCUAAUGGAAUGGCUUCUCUGUGUCUGGGACUACUCUGUGUUCUUCUGCUGGCCUGCGUCAUUACACAGAACCUCAUAUACAAUUCAGGACACAAACAGCUAGAAAGCAUUCAAAAUCUGACCUUACAAAGAAACAAUUUACUUAAAGGUCUCUUAGAAGUGGAUGAAAAAAUACAAAGGGGCUGGUGGUACUACAACUCGAGUGUUUACUACAUUUCUGAAUUGAAUGAGAAGAUGAAGUGGACUGAAAGCAGACAAAACUGUAAAAUGAGAGGUGCAGAUCUGGUGAUCAUAAACAGCUGGGCAGAGCAGAAAUUUAUUGAAAAAUUAUCCAAUACAUUUCAAAUGGAUGUGUGGAUUGGAUUGACGGACAGAGAUCAUUUAGGAGUGUGGAAGUGGGUGGAUGGUUUUUCACUGACCUCUGGGUUCUGGGGUCCAAACCAACCUAGAACCGAGGGGUCUGAACUCUGUGUUCAGCAGAAAAAUAUUAAAACACAUCCUUGGAUGAUCACAGGAAAAUCAUGGGAAACUUCUUUGUGCACUAACAAUUUCAAUUUCAUUUGUGAGAAGAAAAUGUUUUAAUGACUUUUGCUUGGGAUUUUAUGUCCAAUGUUUUACUGUUUUAUUACUACAGAACAAGCAUGUUUAUCCUUUUGUUAAUUGUCACCCUAAUGAAAAUCACAUCAAUUAAAAAAA